CUACUUCGUUUGUUCUUGUUGCUCUCAGUUUGAUUUGUGCUUCAUUUCUUGCAGUUUUUCCUUCCUUUUGGGCUAAAGUCGAAGGCUUUGAUCGAUUUUCUGUUUAAAAUUUAUUUCUUAUUUCUAUGUUUAACAACGUGUUGAUUUAGGGGGGUUUCAGGGGUUACGUGAUUAGUUUUUCUUCUUCAGUUUGGUAGGAACACCUUUUUAGUGAUUCCAUUUUAAGACCUUUAAAGCUUGAAGUUGGGAUAGAGUUCAUAAUCUGUGAUUUUGGCUUGGUUUGAGGGGUCUGAAACGAUGAUGAUGUUUGAAGACAUGGGGUUUUGUGGUGACAUUGAUUUCUUUCAGUCCCUUCCUGUAAAGGGAGCAGAUAAGUGUUCUACUCAGCCUCCUGAGGCUGAGGCAGAAGUUGAGGUGGAGCCGGUGGUGGAGGAUGAGGACUACACCGAUGAGGAGAUCGAUGUGGAUGAACUGGAGAAGAGAAUGUGGAGGGAUAAGAUGCGGUUGAAACGUCUCAAAGAGAUGAGCAAGGGCAAAGAAGUCGUUGACUGUGUGAAGCAACGACACUCACAGGAGCAGGCGAGGAGGAAGAAGAUGUCGAGGGCUCAGGAUGGGAUCUUGAAGUACAUGUUGAAGAUGAUGGAAGUGUGCAAUGCUCAGGGAUUCGUCUAUGGGAUCAUACCAGAGAAGGGCAAGCCAGUGAGCGGGGCAUCUGACAAUCUGAGGGAGUGGUGGAAGGAGAAGGUGAGGUUUGAUCGCAACGGGCCAGCUGCGAUAGCUAAGUACGAAUCGGAUAACAUGAUCCCGGGCAUUAAAGAGGUGUGCAGCCCUAUUGGUCCGACCCCUCACACGUUGCAGGAGCUUCAGGACACCACCCUCGGCUCUCUCCUAUCGGCUCUGAUGCAGCACUGCGACCCUCCCCAGAGGCGAUUCCCAUUGGAGAAGGGGGUCUCGCCUCCAUGGUGGCCGACUGGGAAGGAAGAGUGGUGGCAUCAAUUAGGUCUGCAGAGGGAGCAGGUCGGUCCUCCGCCUUACAAGAAGCCUCACGAUUUGAAGAAAGCGUUCAAGGUUGGCGUCCUGACCGCGGUCAUCAAGCACAUGUCUCCCGACAUUGCUAAGAUUCGGAAGCUUGUGAGGCAGUCCAAGUGUUUGCAGGACAAAAUGACGGCCAAGGAGAGUGCGACCUGGCUGGCCAUCAUUAACCAGGAGGAAGCCAUUGCUCGACAGCUCUACCCCGACCACUGCCUGCCCCCGUCCUCCUCUGAGGGCAGCAGAUUGUUCCCCUUGAACGAGUACGACGUGGAAGUGGCCGAGUCGUCUAACAUUGACGUGCAAGAGCAGAAGCCUAACCCGCACGCUCUGUUUCAUCCCAGGAAGGAUGAAACCAUCAACAACUUAGACUUAUCCAAGAAGCGAAAAUUGAGCAACGAGGCAAAUGGCAGGACGAUGGUGAUGGAUCAACCACCAUGCGAGCCGCCUCAAUGCCUGCUCAACGACGCUCGCUACGGAUUUCGUGAUCGAGACAGCACCCAACGGUCUUGCCCUUCCAAGCAGCAAUGUGAGUUUGGGGUUUCGAGCUUCCAUAACGACACCAACAAUCAUAUGAAGCAGUCAGUCGCGUAUCCAGACUCUUUCAAUUUGUCGGGGGCCGGGGUUCCAGAAGAUGGGCAGAGGAUGAUCAACGAGCUGAUGUCGUUCUAUGAAAGUAAUGUGAAUGCAGGCAAUAAUAACAAGGAGUUGCAGAGUGUGAACAUGGGGGAUGGUGGUGAGUUAUUCCGGUCGGCUGACAGUUUCCCGAUGGUGCUUAGCUCGCCGUUGGACUUGGGCGAGGGGUUUCCAAGGCGGAAGCAAGAUGUGUCCUUGUGGUACUACUAAGCAAGGAUGCGGAUGCGGCCACAGUAAGAUAAAUGGCUUAUGCUGUAGUAACAAGCAAAUUGAAACCUGCAUAAUAGAGCAAGUUUAUGUAGAUAUGAAUAUGCAGUUUAUAGUUAUAGACUUAUAGUUUUAUGAUGUAGGUUUAAUUUUUUGUCUAUGUUAAUGUGGUGGGUGUUGAUGGUACAUACCUUAAUUAUGUUGUUUAGAAGUGACGUUUGAGAUAAGGUGGGUGUAUUUUGUUGACUAGUUUGUCCUCGUCCAUUGUGUGAUCGAGAAUUACUUGAAUCCAAGAAAGGUGAUGAUUUAGUUGGUA